CACCUUCCUUGGCCAGUGGAUUCCUAGACUGCCUCCCUGCUUCGCAGCUUCCCACCUGGCCAAGUGACGCUGCACCAAUCCCGUUCCAGUUGCUCCUGGGCCCCUUCUUGCACCGCCCCACUCCUCACUCUCAAAGAGACUCCGGGAGCGCGCCCGACUCAGUUGCUGCGCUCAGCUCCCUUUCUUGAAGUCAUGGCGGGACCUGGGGGCUGGAGAGAUAAGGAAGUCACAGAUCUCGGCCACUUGCCGGAUCCAACUGGAAUAUUCUCACUAGAUAAGACCAUUGGCCUUGGUACUUAUGGACGGAUCUAUUUGGGACUCCAUGAAAAAACUGGUGCAUUUACGGCUGUUAAAGUGAUGAAUGCUCGUAAGACUCCUUUACCUGAAAUAGGAAGACGGGUGAGAGUGAAUAAAUACCAGAAGUCUGUUGGCUGGAGAUACAGUGAUGAGGAAGAGGAUCUCAGGACUGAACUCAACCUUCUGAGGAAGUAUUCUUUCCACAAAAACAUUGUGUCUUUCUAUGGUGCAUUUUUCAAGCUGAGUCCUCCUGGCCACAGGCACCAACUUUGGAUUGUGAUGGAGUUAUGUGCAGCAGGCUCAGUCACUGAUGUUGUGAGAAUGACUAGAAAUCAGAGUCUAAAAGAAGACUGGAUUGCUUAUAUCUGCAGAGAAAUCCUUCAGGGAUUAGCUCACCUUCAUGCACACCGAGUAAUUCACCGGGACAUCAAAGGUCAGAAUGUGCUACUGACUCAUAAUGCUGAAGUCAAACUGGUGGAUUUUGGAGUGAGUGCCCAGGUAAGCAGAGCUAAUGGAAGGCGAAAUAGCUUCAUUGGAACACCAUACUGGAUGGCACCAGAGGUGAUUAACUGUGAUGAGGACCCAAGACACUCCUAUGAUUACAGAAGUGAUGUGUGGUCUGUGGGAAUCACUGCUAUUGAGAUGGCUGAAGGGGUGCCUCCUCUGUGUAACCUUCAGCCCUUGGAAGCCCUCUUCGUGAUUUUACGAGAAUCUGCUCCUACAGUCAAAUCUAGUGGAUGGUCCCGAAAGUUCCACAAUUUCAUGGAAAAGUGCAUGAUAAAGAACUUCCUGUUUCGUCCUACUUCGGCAAACAUGCUUCAUCACCCAUUUGUUCAGGAUAUAAAAAAUGAACAACAUGUUAUUGAGUCAUUAACAAAGCAUCUUACUGGAAUCAUUAAAAAACGACAGAAAAAAGAUAUACCUCUGGUCUUUGAAAGAGAAGAAGCAAUUAAGGAACAGUAUGCCAUGAGAAGAUUCAGAGGACCCUCUUGCACUCAAGAGCUUCUGAGAUUGCCAACAAGCAGCCGAUGCAGACCACUUAGAGUGCUGCAUGGAGAACCUUCUCAGCCAAGGUGGUUACCUGAUCGAGAAGAGCCACAGGUCCAGGCACUUCAGCACCUACAUGGAGCAGCUAGGGUGUUCAUGCCACUACAGGCACAGGAUAAUGCACAGAGGCCUCUACGAGGGCAAGCACAGGCAUCUCAGCGUCUAUAUAGGGCAGCUCGGGUGUUCAUGCCACUACAGGCUCAGGUUAAGGCUAAGGCUUCUAGGCCUCUGCACAUGCAGAUUAAGGCAUCUCCACGACUACGGAGAGCAGCCCGGUUGCUCAUGCCACUACAGUCUCAGGGUAAGAUACUUAGGCCUCUACAGUUGCAGGCUCCAUUACUGAAAAUGCCGCAGCCUCAGGCCCUAUCACAAACCCAGGAACUGAAACAACCUCAAGACCUGGACCAUGUGCCAGAAGAAUUUCAAGGACAAGGUCAGAUGCCUGAACAAGCACAAGAACAAGGUCAGGUACCUGAACAAGCACAAGGACAAGGUCAGGCUGCUGAACAACAGCAGAGAGAGAACCAGGUUCCUGAACAGCAUCCGGGGCAGAACCAGGCACCUGAACACCCAGAAGCAGAGGAACAAGCUGCUGAGCCUGCACAGGCAGAUGCUGAGGCAGAAGAACCUGAGCCAUUAAGGGUACAUGCCCAGGUAUUCCUGCCCCUACUGUCACAGAGCCACCACGUGCUGUUGCCACUACAUUUGGAUACUCAGGAGCUCAUUCCAGUAGGACAGCCAACUGAGGGGUCACCUCCAUCACACAGCUGGACACUAGAGCCCUCAGAGGCAGUUAACUCAGUUCAAGCACUGAUAGACGGACUCUCAAAAGACCUGCUUCGAGCACCAGAUGCUCAUAACUCAAAGCCACUCGGUUUACUGCAAACCCUGAUGGAAAACCUGUCAUCAAAUGUGUUUUAUUCUCAACCAGAACAGCCAGCGAAAAAAAAAUCCAGGGUUUCUAGUCUAAGGCAAGCACUUGCAAAAAGAUUGUCACCAAAGAAUUUCAGGGCAAAGUCAUCACCUGAAAAGCUUGAGCACUCAUUUUUAGGAGCCCGGAGGCGCAGACGCCGACACAGGUGUGAAGGCAGCUUUAACCAGCAUGAGGCCGAUCUGAGACAAUUUGAAAAUAACAAUGCAGAAGAAUCAUCAGAUAAUGAUGAAGUAUUUCAUGCAGUUCAAGCAGAAGUCCAAAUGGAACCAGUGCAGCCACACAUUCCAAAUCCUCCAGAAAAUGAGAUUCAAGACAGAUCUGCUUCUAUGCCUUACAACCAAGAUUGUGCACACCAUAGGAAGUUUCAUUCAAGUGUUCCUCAGCAGCCUCUUUUGGAGGAAGCUCAGAAACCCAUUGACAUCAGAGAAAGGAGCUCGCAAAAUCCUCAGAAUUUUCAAGCAGCAUCAGGAGCUGCUGAGGAGAGUCCUGUGGCUGGGAGGAGGUCCCAGUCGUCACCGCCUUAUUCUACUAUUGAUCAGAAGUUGCUGGUUGAUAUCCAUGUUCCAAAUGGAUUUAAAGUAGGAAAAAUAUCACCCCCUGUAUACUUGACAAAUGAGUGGCCGGAGUAUAACUCACUUUCUGACAUGUUCUGGAAUGAUUGGUUAACUCCUGCACCGCUCAUUCAGCCAUCUGAGAAGGAUGGUGAUUAUGUUGAACUCUAUGAUGCCGGUGCUGAUGCUGAUAGUGAUGACGGUGCUUCUGAUGAUGUUUAUGAAGAUAUCUACGGCCAUCCCAAUAGCAAUAAUGACUUGGAUAACCAGGUUGCUCAGGAAAAUAAUGUCUGUGAAGACCAUGAUGUUGGUGACAGCAUUGACAAGUCUGUUGAUGACAUAGAUAAUAGUCAUGAUGAUGCUAAUCGUUCAAGGGCAAGCUGUGAUAAGCAUGGAAGCAGCCAGCAAGAUGGCAGUGAUGGAAAAGAAGAUGCUAGGAGAAGCUAUAACGGUAGAAACCAAGGAAGAAGUGCAACUAAUGGAGGCAAUGCAGCCAGUGGAGAUCAGGAAAGACGUGGAGCUGAUGUAGGUAGUGAAAGAGAUAUCAGGAGUAAUGGAAAUAAGGGAGUCAGUGGCAUCAAUAAAGAGAAUAGAGCAGUUGGAGUCAAUCAAGGAGAAAACCACUCAGACACAGAUGGUCCAAGAGUGAAGAGAUCCAUAUGCCACAGUUCUGAACAUCAACAAGAGGAACUAAAUGGUGGGAGUGAGGACUCAACCUCCAUUGUCUCAGAUGUUCCAUCCCCUGAGCUAGAUGAUGUGGAUGGCAGUACAGGCACAUCAGAAUCAUCAACACAGUUGGAUUUUUUUGCCAAUAACUCAUCUCCUUCCAAAGGUUCUGGGAUGGCUGCUAAUGCUGACUUAGCCUGUGCCAUCUUAUAUUCUGGAUUCAUGGAAGUACCUGAAAAAUCAACUAAGAGAACCUUUGAAGUCAAUGUUAAUCCAACUUGUGUCUCCUCUGCAUGUAAAAAACCACUAAUCCACAUGUAUGAAAAAGAAUUCACUUCUGAGAUCUACUGUGGUUCAUUGUGGGGAGUCAAUUUGCUGCUGGGAACCAGAUCUAAUUUGUGUCUACUGGACAGAAGUGGAGAGGCAAACAUUACUAAACUUAUAAAGCGAAGACCAUUCCGCCAAAUUCAAGUCGUAGAGUCACUCAAUUUGCUGAUUACCAUCUCUGGUCAUAAGAACAGACUUAGGGUGUAUCAUCUGACGUGGCUGAGGAACAAGAUUUUGAACAAUGAUCCAGAAAGUAAAAAGAGGCAACAAGAAAUGCUGAAGACAGAGCAAACUUGCAGAGCUAUUGAUAAGUUGACUGGCUGUGAACACUUCAGUGUCCUCCAACAUGAAGAAACAACAUAUAUAGCAAUUGCUUUGAAAUCAUCAGUUCACCUUUAUGCAUGGACAUCAGAGUCCUUUGAUGAAAGCACUGCUAUUAAAGUGUUUCCAACUCUUGAUCAUAAACCGGUGACAGUUGACUUGGCUAUUGGUUCUGAGAAAAAACUAAAGAUUUUCUUCAGCACAGAAAAUGGAUAUCAUAUCAUUGAUGUAGAAUCUACAGUUAUAUCUGAUGUGAGCCUGCCACGUAACAAUAUCAUCAUUCUGCCGGAUGGCUUGGGAAUUGGCAUGAUGCUCACCUUCAAUGCUGAAGCUCUCUCUGUGGAAGCUAAUGAACAACUUUUCAAGAACAUCCUUGAAGUGUGGAAAGACAUACCAUCUUCUGUAGCUUUUGAGUGUACACAGAGGACCACAGGAUGGAGCCAGAAAGCUAUUGAAGUGCGCUCUUUGCAAUCAAGUGUACUGGAAAGUGAGCUGAAGGCCAGGUCAAUCAAGACACUGAGAUUUCUAUGUAUCCGAGGCGACAAGCUGUUCUUUACCUCUACUCUGCAUAAUCGCCACAGCCGAGUGUAUUUUAUGACCCUUGGAAGACUUGAAGAGCUUCGCAGCAAUUAUUCUGUUUAAAAGGUUCCAAACUUUGUUACAACAUUUAAAAAAAUCUCAUAUAUAUAUAUAUAUAUAUAUAUAUAUAUAUAUAUAUAUAUUGCUACAUCUUCAGUUUACUGAGAUUAAAUGAGCAUUCAGUUUUUUAUUAAAGAAAAAUUAAAUCAGAAGCUUAACUUCAAAUGUAGCACAGAAUAGUUUUAACAAGAAACGCAGCUUUAUAUAUAAAAUUUACUAUAGCCAUCUUUAUGUACUCCAAAAGGUGUACAAUAACUUUUGCACAAACUUUGUAACUUUUGUUACUGUGAAUUCAAAUAUUACUCUUAAAACAGUUGAUGGUAUCUUUAUUCAAAUUUGCAAUAUAAAGAAAUCUUUUAUAAGUAGAUUAAAGGAAGCUUUCAAAAGAAUUGUCAUUGAGUAGGAUUUUACAGAAAGAAAAAAAAUACUGACAAACCAUAUACAAUUUUUCCAACAUCAUGUGAAAAAAUAAAGGUUAGGUCAGUGAUGUCAGACCUUUUAGAGCUUUCAGUGAUAACAAACAGCCCAUUGUGGCAUGCAUGUCAUAGGUUUCCACCACUGGUUAGGUCAUGAAACAAAAGAUGUAAUGACUAUGCUAUUACCACAUUAAGGUUGAAGAGUCUAUAUGCGCAGAAAAAAUUGCAGUGACAAGUGAGGAAAAGUUACCUAUUCCCUCACUACUAAGCCCAUAGCUAGAAAUCAGUUGUGGUUUUACUCCGUAUCAUAAUGGUUUCCUUUGUUUUAUAAGAAAAUACAAAACUCUCAAAUGACUGGUUUUACUCAAACUCUCCAAAGAUGUGCAGUAGCUGUUUCUGUAAAUCACCGAAUAAUACACUUGCAAACCUGAAUACAGGACUGAACUCCAAUGCAUAUGUACUGUAUAAAGAGCAUUUCCUUUAACACUUUAGACAUAUAAUUCUAAGCUUAAAAUUGGUUAAUUUUUCAAAAUUACAUUCUGGUCACUAGUGUGACCAUUGAACAGUACCAAAUAUUUAAUCCCAGAUUAAACUAUAUGUUCAUUUCCUACAAUUACUAAGCAAAAUAAAAUAAUAAUAUACAGCAACAAAAAUAUCAACUAAAUACAUAAAUUUUCAGGUUUCUACUGCUGUAAAAUGAGAAAUUAAUUUAAAAUUAUUUCAGGGAUAAUUCCAUAUAUAGAUACAAAGCUAUAAAUAAAGAAGUGAAUAGAUUUUGAGAGAAAUUUUAUUUUCUUCAUGUAACUGAAUCUGAAAAAUUACAGUCGUAAAAGUAAUCCUAUCACCCAAAUAUAUUAUAGAUGCCACAGAUAGGUAAUGUUUCAUCACCUAUGCUAAGAGCUACCUGAUAAAAAGCAUUAUUUCUGCAUAUCUGUCCUCAAAACUCUGCUUAGUUCUGGAGAAAUAGAGAACAACAGAACUAUUGCAAAGUAUACCUCAUUUUAGUUCCUUUUAGUUCUGCUUCAGAAAUCUGAAGAUAGUGCUAGUGGGAUAAUAAUUUUCAAACUACCUGGUUAACCAAAAUAAAAAAGUGCUGACUAGAUGUUAUUUCACGUUAGUGCAUCAUUAUGUGGCACACUGGUAUAAGAAAUGAGGAUUUCGAUUUUCCAAACACUUAUAUUAAAAGUAUAGUAACUCAAAGAUGAGAAAAUAGGAGAACCUGAAUCCAUGAAUUAAAGAAAAAUGAAUGUGAUUCACAUUUCUGUUACUGUGACACAAUGACGUGGUCCUAAAACUGGUUUAUCUUGAGUGUUUACAACUCAAAUAACUUUUUAAUGCAAUAAUUUUAAAAAGAAAAUGAAUUUUUAUAUCGAAGUAUUUCCUUAGAAGUAGUUUUAUUAUAGAUUUAUAUACCAAGAGGCCAUAGGGGAACUUUGUACAUGUUCCUUUUUGCUGAGCAUAUAGAGCUUGCUAUGUUUGAAUUUCAGAAAUUUUUCUUAGCUAAGUAUAUAUAGAAGUAAGUCUUUAAAAAUUCAUAUUAUAAUCAUUAUCUACUCAAAGUGAAGCUUAAAAAUAAUUUUAGCUUAAAAUCAUAUUUUAAGGCAAUAAUUUUGGGAAAAGUAUUUUAGAAAACUAACUUCCAUAGUACCUUCCUUAUAACAGCUCAGUAAAUAAGCAAUUGUUAACAGACUCUGCAAAGCUGUCCUGGUGUAACCAUACAAUAAUGACUAUAAUGUGUGAUUGAAAUUUGAAGGAAAAGCCACUAACUAAGAAAGAAAGGUGGGCACGUACCAAGAAGAGAGAUUAAAAUGCUGAAUACCUGAGUAGAAAAUAUUUGAAGUGGCUCAUCGGUGAUAAUCAGUUCAAAUUGAGUUGCAAACUCAUCUAAAUCUUUACACUGUUUGGCAGCUUAAAUAAAAAUGAAAGAAGCAAUGGAAUUUCAUAGUGUACUUUGUAAUAGACAACUAAAAUUAUAUAUCCACUUCAUCUUGAGUCAGAAGCACCUGGAAACUCGAGCCCAUCACAGAAGCAUUUAGGGGUACUUCCAAAAGCCAAUUUUCCAUUAUCUGUGAUUUGAUGCAUAAAAGUUCUAGCAGGCUUCGAGCAGCACUGGUGAAAAAGUACAGUUUCAAUUUAGUGUAAAUUAGGUUUUCUUCAUCAAAAAUAUCACCCAAAAUAAGAAGCACUAUUGGAAAUAUUUGAAAAAUAAAAUAAGCUGUUGUAUUAGUUACGGUGGAUAAGAAAAUUUUGCAGUGGCUCAGUUAGUUGAAGUAAGGAUGAAGGCCUCAUAGGAAACAAAGUGAUCAUCAAAACAGUAAAACAGGCAAAACAGAAUCACAAACACACUACUAGUACAUGCACACAUACUGAUCUUACAAAGUACAAUUUCAAUGGUUUUUUAGUAGCAGUUUUGAGGAAGAAAUAGACAUUAUUUUCUUUCAGGAUUCAUUUAGUUGAGACAUUUUCCUUAGAACUGGGAAUAAUUCAAUGAAAUCUUUUAAGUAUGCUUCAAUUUGUUUCAAUAAAAUGUGUCUCUUUAAGUCAAUUUACAUGUAUUCUGUACUCUAAAAAUAUCAGAACAAUCUUUAAUACUAAUAAUGUUAUCCCAAACUAAUGCAUUAUUGCUAAUAUUCUAAAAAUAAAAAUAUCAAACUUACUGAUUGAUGUCUUUA